UACAGUGACGUCACGAAGUGCCGUUCCACUACAUUUCCCAGGAUGCUCUGCCAACAGCGACGCCAUUGGCCGGCGCCGACGGAAAUGCACUUGACCGAGCGGAAGUAAGAGGAUCUCGGAGGCUAGGAAGGUGAAGAGGAGAGGACCUGCGAACCUAGCCAUCUUCAUCUCCCUCACUGAUUCAGCAUGGGGGAGAAGUCAGAAAAUGGUGGGGUUCCAGAGGACCUGUUCAAUGGUUUGAAAGUUACAGAUCCCCAGGAAGCAGAAUGUGCUGCCCCUGCCGCCUCUCAUACCAAAGACCACCAGCCCCAGAGCAAGCUGCUCAGGGAGGUUGAGGCUCAUCCGCAGGAGGAGCAGGGAGAAGAGGAGCACUUUCAUGACUGCAGCGCCUCCUUUGAGGAGGAGCCAGGUGUGGGCAAGGUUGAGGACAAACCUGAUGAUGGUGUGGAUUCCUCUGAGCUCGAUGAAGAAUACCUGAUGGAACUGGAAAAAAAUAUGCCAGAUGAAGAGAAACAGAAAAGGAGAGAAGAAAGCACUAGACUGAAGGAGGAAGGAAAUGAGCAGUUUAAGAAAGGAGAUUACAUAGAAGCUGAAAGUGCUUACAGUCACGCCCUUCAGAUGUGCCCGUCCUGCUUCCAGAAGGACAGGUCUGUUCUGUUCUCCAACAGAGCUGCUGCAAGGAUGAAACAGGACAAGAAAGAGAUGGCCAUCAGUGACUGCAGCAAAGCCAUCCGGUUAAACCCCAGCUACAUCAGGGCCCUGCUGCGCAGGGCGGAGCUGUACGAGAGCACUGACAAGCUCGACGAAGCCCUGGAGGACUACAAGUCCGUCCUGGAGAAAGACCCAUCAGUACACCCAGCAAGAGAAGCUUGUAUGAGAUUACCUAAGCAAAUCGAAGAACGAAACGAAAGACUAAAGGAAGAGAUGUUAGGUAAACUAAAAGACCUUGGGAACUUGGUUCUCCGACCUUUUGGACUCUCCACAGAAAAUUUCCAGAUCAAACAGGAUUCCUCUACUGGCUCCUACUCCAUCAAUUUUGUUCAAAAUCCAAAUAAUAACAGAUAACAAAGAUAACAGCUUUAAAAGCCCGCUAGUACGUUGUGUGCGGCUUGCUGGUAGCUGCCGAGUUUACCUUCUAAAAGCAUCUUAUCUCAGAGAUAGGCUCCCUCUCCCCGGUCCCGAUCAGGGAGAGCUGCUGCACUUCCUUGUGUGGUGAGCCUCAUUUGAUUUCCGUUUUAACUGGUGUCUGCACAGCUGCUGUCCUCGGUUCCGGCUGGCCUUUGUUGCGUCAGGGUGAAGCCUGUCGAGGCUGACCUCCCGAACCUCGCCAGCGUGCAAGCCCAGACAGUCUCUCCUGGACUGAGCAGACCUGCUGGCCGGAGACUGCGCACACGGGGCUGAUGGGGUCCUGCCUGCUGCCCCCGCUCCCCGAUCACGCGCGCCGCCCGGGCUGCUGUGUGUGGGCUCCUGAUUCACUCUGUGGUAAUAAAUGCUUUCUGU